AUGUCGUUGGACAUAGGGAACUCCAUCCUGGGAGAGAAAAUGUUUCAUGCAGAGGCUUCACCUGAGGAAGUUACAAAAGAGUGCAGCAGAAGAUAUGUGGAGCAUGAAGGAAAAACAAUCAGUGUAACUGACAUGCCUGGGUUUUGUGGAUCAAUGACAAAGGAGGAAAUGAAGACACACAUAGAGCAGUGUGUUUACAUGUCUGUUCCUGGUCCUCAUGUGUUUCUGCUGGUGAUCAAUCUGGGUGUCAGAUACACAGCAGAAGAGAUGAACAUGGUAAAAUUAAUUCAGCAGAACUUUGGAGUAGAUGCUACACGCUACACCAUCGUUUUGUUCACUCAUGCUGAUCAGUUGAAGGGUAAAAAUUUGCAACAUUAUGUAGGAGAGAGCAAACAUCUAAGGAAUCUUACUGAAAGCUGUGGUGGCAGAUAUCAUGCAUUCAACAACGAGAACAUGAUGAACUGCUCUCAGGUCAAAGAGCUGCUGAAGAAGAUAGACAAUACGAUCAAGGGAAAUGGAGGAACACAUUACACAAACGACAUGUUUGAAAAAGCUCAGAAAAAGAUUAAAAACAAGGAGGUGUUAAAAAAGACAGUAGAUAUUGCAUUAGGAGCUGGUUCAGUUUUAGGAACCGGAGCAGCUGUAGCAGGAGGUGUAGUCCUGGGUGUAACAGAGGCUAUGGUUUUACCUGCAGUUAUAUUAACAGCUGGGACUGCAACUGCAGUUGGAAUGGGUGCUAACUUUGCAGUGAGGAAGAUCAAGGAAAACAGAGAAAGAGACAGAAAAAACAAUUAG